UGGCAUGCCCAUGGAAAAUUUGCCUCAAACUCUCCACAUUCUAGUCCUAGUUACGAAAACAAAACAAAAAAUACAUUAGCAGUGCUUUAGUUCACAGAUUUUCAUAUUUCAGGUCCUGUCUUGCUGUGAGUGAUUGGCUGUUUAUACUUGUUUGAGCAUAUCAAGAAGAACCUUAGAUUUGAGGAAGCAGGUUGUCUUAUUGAGUUCUGUCUUCUUCUUCUGAGAUCAUCUUUCGCUUGCUGUUGAAGAAGGGACCUUUAGGGGCUUCUCAUGCAUUGAAUGGGAUGCUUACGUUGGUGAAGAAGUGAAGAAGUCAGGUCUAUCUGAUUCAGCUAUAUUUAAAAAGCAAUUUGAUGAACACAUAAUCAAGAAGAAAACCAAAAGGAUUAGCCAUGAAGUUCAUGAAACUCGGAUCCCGACCGGACACGUUCUACACUGCUCAGGCUGUCAGGUCUGUCUCCUCUGAAGUUUCCAGUGACCUUGUAGUUCAAGUGAAAGGGAGUAGAUAUUUGCUUCACAAGUUUCCUCUGCUUUCCAAGUGUUUGCGCCUACAGAGACUGUGCUCUGAAUCCCCUGAAACCUCACAACACCAUAUAGUCCAACUCCCUGAUUUUCCUGGUGGGGUUGAGGCAUUUGAACUCGGCGCAAAGUUCUGUUAUGGUAUUACAAUCACUCUUAGUGCCUUCAACAUAGUUGCUGUGAGAUGUGCUGCGGAAUACCUGCAGAUGACAGAGGAUGUAGAGAAGGGAAACCUAACAUACAAGCUUGAAGUUUUCUUCAAUUCCUGCAUACUUCAUGGGUGGAAAGAUUCGAUUGUCACUUUACAGAGCACCAAAGAAUUUUCUUCGUGGUCAGAAGACCUUGGAAUAACAAGCAGAUGCAUUGAAGCGAUUGCCUCUAAAGUCUUAACUCAUCCAUCAAAGGUGAGUUUGUCGCACAUUUACUCUAGAAGAGAAAGAGAUGACGAGUCUUGUAAUGGAGCGGAGAGCCAGAGACAUAAACCGCUAAGCAAAGGGUGGUGGGCUGAAGAUAUGGCAGAAUUAGGCAUAGACCUGUACUGGAGAACCAUGAUAGCAGUCAAGUCCUGUGGAAAGAUGCCAUCUAGUCUCAUAGGGGAGGCCUUGAAAAUUUACGCAGCUCGAUGGCUUCCUAACAUAUCAAGAGAAAGAAAUGUUAGUAAGCAAGUAGCAUCUGACUCGGAUUCAGACUCAACCAAUGAGAUAACUUCAAAGCAUAGGGUGCUUCUAGAAUCAAUAGUAAGCUUACUCCCAGCUGAGAAAGGUGCUGUAUCUUGCAGUUUCCUUCUCAAACUUUUGAAAGCAGCCAAUAUUCUUGAUGCCUCCUCAUCUUCAAAGAUGGAAUUGGCCAGAAGAGUGGCACUUCAAAUGGAGGAAGCAACAGUUAGGGAUCUGUUAAUACCCUCUAUCUCAUAUGCAAACAGUACAGUGUAUGAUGUAGACUUAGUCAUCACCAUAUUGGAGCAGUUCAUGGUACAAGGGCAGAGUCCUCCCACUAGCCCUCCGAGAUCCAAGCUGGGGUUUGAAAGGAGAAGGUCGCGGUCAGCAGAGAAUAUUGUCUUGGCGUUUCAAGAGAGCAGGAGGUCUUCUUCAGCAUCACAUAGCUCAAAGUUGAAGGUGGCAAAGCUUGUGGAUGGCUAUCUUCAAGAGAUUGCCCCAGAUGUGAAUUUGCCUCUUUCAAAAUUCAUCGCACUUGCUGAGGCCAUUCCAGAUUUCUCAAGGCUUGAUCAUGAUGAUCUCUACAGGGCCAUUGACAUUUAUCUCAAGACACAUCCAGACCUAAACAAGAGUGAAAGAAAACGAUUGUGCAGAACCCUAGACUGCAAGAAACUAUCUGUUGAAGCCUGCAUGCAUGCCGCACAGAAUGAGUUACUCCCACUGAGGGUGGUGGUACAAGUUCUCUUUUUUGAGCAAGCUAGACCAGCCAUGGGUAGUGGCAAAGUCACCGAGCUGCCUAGCAACAUCAAAGCACUACUUGCUGCACACAAUAUCGAUCCUUCAAGGCCAGAAACUGCAUUAAGCACGACUACUAGCAUUCCAGCAGAUGACCAAUGGAGUGUUUCAGGCCUUAGAACACCAAAAUCUAAGGUUUCAACACUACGGAUGAAAUUGGCUGAAGAUGAUUUAAAUGAAAGUGAUCUGCAAUCAGAAGGGCUCAGGAGAACUUCAAAGUUCAAGUCUUUCUGUGCUCUUCCUACACGACCAAAAAGGAUGUUCAGUAAGUUCUUGUCCAUCAAUAGAAAUACAAGUGAAAAAAACUAGGUGAAUUUUGUUAACUUCCAGAAGCAUAUGGUAAUUUAAAGUGUAACAUACACAGUCUUUUUUCUUUUUUUCUUCUUUUGAAAUGCCUUGUAAUGUGUAGCUGAGAAGGGAAAAAAAUUCUAAUGUGCAUUUGCUAUGUAAUCUCAUAUAAUAAGAAAGAAAAUUUUGAGGACAUGAGAGAAAAUGAAUAUCUUUUCGUUGAUCUCA